AUGAAAUUUGGGCUGGGAAUUGUUUUGUUUCUGCUCAAGCUCAUGUUCUUCAUUCAUGAUUCAUGUACUAUCAGUAAAUUUCAUAAAUGAAUUGAUGUGUUUUACUUUUUAGAUAUAGUGUGCAAAUGUUUUAUGGUGCUUUUGUCGGUCUAAAUUAGAUUUUAAAAAUGGAAAACGAACUUUGGAGAGAAUGUGUCGGUUGGCUUACGAGGUGUGGUGUUUUGAGACCCGAUCAUACAGUUAACUGGCCAGAAGCAAAAAUUAUUGAUCUUGCUUACACUUUGAGAGACGGUGUUCUUUUGUGCAAUUUAUUAAAUAAUUUAGAUCCAAGUAGUAUAGAUAUGAAAGAUGCCAACCAGAAACCUCAAAUGGCACAGUUUCUUUGUCUGCGCAAUAUAAAGACAUUUCUGCAAGCCUGCCAAGACUACUACGGUCUUAAAGAAAGUGAUCUUUUUGAGCCCAACAUGCUGUUCGACUUUACUGACUUCUACAGGGUUCUCUACACACUGUCAAAGCUAUCCAACUGCCCGAAGGUCCUGAGGAAAAAUAUUAUGGGAUUCUCUGUGUUGAAACCGCAUUCAACUUCUCAAGAAGACAUCUACAGGAAUUUGAACUCAAGCUGUGAAGAGGAGGCACGCCCCCCACCCCUUGCCCUGGCCCUGCCCACAACUGCCACUGCGCAGGCGCACGGCGCACGUCAUCACGUGACCUACUCCCACUACGACGCGGACACGCGCAACGAGGAAAUCUACCAGGACCUCUGUUCAAUUGACAACAAAAAGUGCGCGCCUGCUUCACCACAGCUGCCCACGGCCAUAACGCACAGCUUCGAGAAACGAGAUUAUGUUGUGAGCGAGCUGGUGCAAACCGAGAAGAACUACGUGGAUGUGCUCAACACUCUGCACAACUGCUUCAUCCGGCCUCUGUCCGCCAUCAUGAAGGAAGAUGACUUCAGGGUCAUUUUCAGCGGAAUCAAGGAACUGUGCGAAAUCCACGCCGGCUUCCACAGCCAACUGAGAAAGGCGGUGACGCCGGGCAGCUCGGUGAGGCUGAGCGAAGUGUUCCUCAACUGGCGAGAGAAGUUCCUGGUGUACGGCGACUACUGCGCCAAUCUCACCAUCGCACAGGCCAGGAUCCAGGAGGUCUGCAGUCGCAAUGACGCCAUCAAUCAGGAAGUUAUUAAAUGCCAGCAGGAAGCCAACAAUGGGAAGUUCAAGCUGAGAGAUAUUCUGUCAGUGCCAAUGCAAAGGAUACUCAAAUACCACCUACUUCUGGACAAGCUCAUCAGUGAAACACAGCAUAAUCAUGAAGACUACAGAGGAUUAGAAAGAGCUAAAGAAGCCAUGGUUGAUGUUGCCCAGUACAUCAAUGAAGUGAAAAGAGACAGCGAUACUUUACAAAUUAUGAGGGAUAUUCAGGACAGCAUAUCAGAUUGGGACAUGCCUGAAAAUACCGAACUGAAAGACUAUGGCCGUCUUUUGAAGGAUGGUGAGCUGCGAAUCAAAGCUCAUAACGAUCAAAAAGUCAAAUUGAGGUACGUCUUCAUUUUCGACCAGGUGAUGCUUAUGUGCAAGGCAUUGAGGGGUGACCAAUACAGCUACAAGGAGUCGCUGAUGCUGAAGGAUUACAAGGUGGACGACCCGGUCGGCAAGCGGUCUCUACACCGCCACUCGAGCUGGAACCACCACUGGUUUCUAGUGCGCAAGUCAGAACGCACCGCCUACACCAUGUACGCCCGAACCGAAGAGUUGAAGCGGGCCUGGAUCAAAGCCAUACAGGAUGCGCUAGAUAACAUUGAUCCGGCCGGAAACAAGAAUACAGAUCACAAGUUUGUGAUGUUCACCUUCGAAAAGCCCAUCACCUGUCAGCAUUGCAGCAAAUUCCUCAAAGGUCGAGUUUUUCAGGGUUAUCGAUGUGAGAAGUGCUACGUCCCAAUGCACAAGCACUGCAUUCCUCUGUCGGGUCGCUGUGGGGUGAAGCAGCCCCCCGAACUACCCCCGCGUCCCCCCCUCGUGCCCACCACACAGCGCAUGAUUCAUCACUCGGACUCCGACAACAGCGUGCAGAAUAUCAUACAGCAUUCUCAUCCAGUACCGCAGUCACCAGCUGAUUGGAGUAGUCGAACGUGGCCUGAUCAUGAGGUCCUUGGAGAGUAUCUUUGGUUUGCUGGUGAGAUGGGUCGUGAGAGAGCCACAAAUGUAUUGGAGAGACAGAUGGAUGGAACGUAUCUGUUGAGAAUCAGGCCUCAGGGUCCAACUCAUCCUAAUGAAACUGUUUAUGCCCUCAGUCUCAAAACUGACGACAAGGUGAAACACAUGAAGGUGUACGAGAAAGAGAUGGAUGGAGUGCCCCAAUUCUACUUGUCCGAGUCUCGCUUUUUCCACAGCCUUGUCGAUCUAGUCUCCUGCUAUGAACACACCAGCCUUGGCGAGAACUUCAUCGGGUUGAACGUGCGACUGCAGUGGCCGUUCCGACGCAUUGUGGCCAUCGCUGAGUUUGACUUCAACCCUUCGGAGGGCAACCAGCUGCCCUUGAAGCAGGGCUGUCAGGUCAUUGUGCUCAGCAAAGAGGGAGACCAUAAAGGCUGGUGGAAGGGCAAAAUACAUGAUCGGGUUGGAUUUUUCCCGAAAGUUUACGUACGUGAGAUUUCGGAUACAUUCAAUUUGGAGUAAAUGUUCAAUACUGGGGAAAAAUUGCAUUUUAAUACGUAUUUUAGUAAAGUAGAAGGCGGCGGCAUUGUGUAUGUAAUAAGGAGUACGAUAUUUCAUCUUGAGUUACAAAUAUUGUUUAGCUAGUAUAUUGUAAAAUUAACAUUCUCAAUUGCUUACCAGGUUUAUUUGCCAUAGUCUGUGAUAUAUGUAAAUUUAAUACGUAUUUUUACCGAAAAUUUGAAGAUUCUAACAGAGAUUUCCCGAGUUGAAUACACUCCCAGAUUUCAUUUAGUUUACAGUUUGAGAUUUUUUUCUUUGAUACUUUUUGAAAAAAAUAUAUAAUAUAUACAAAGUAGGAAAAGCAAUUUGAAAAUUAUAUAUUUUUGAUGUUAUUGAACAGAUUAAAAUGCUUCUGAUUCAAGUAGGUGAACGCUCAAUUUUGAACACCAAAAGUUUCAAUUUGAUCAUCUCAUCAUGAUUGAUCAUUGAAUAGUGGUUGAUGAUUUAUCAUCGUUGGGUAUUAUAUUUUAUUCAUUUUUGAAGACUGAAUUCUAAUAAGAGUUUACCGUACAGUUUUGAUCGCACAUAUAACUUAUUGAGAAUUUAUUUUGAAUGAUAAUUUAAUUCACUCUCCCUAUUAUAGUUACUAACUAGUAUACUAUCUGAGUAUAAUAGUGUACUAUCUCUUAUAAUUAUACAAUAGUAUACAACUAAUUUAUUGGAAAACAUAACUAGAAUAUAAUUAUUGAAGCUCCUAUUGCAGUUGUUUGAACAUAAAUAUUAUGUCAAUUAUUUACUGCCAUAUAAAUAAUGCUAGUUUUGUUAAGAUAGACAAUAUUAAACUGCCAAAUUAUAUAAUAAGAAUAUAAUAUCAUACCAAAAAUAUUUUAUUAUCAAUAAACAAUAAAUAAUGGCUAGCCUUGUAAGAGUUUUUUUUAAUAAUGUUGUUUAAUUUUUUAACUCCUAUUAAAUUUCCAAAAUAUAAAUAUUCGCUUUGCAUCUAAUCUCAUUAUUUUUUUAUCUUGAUAACUAAUAUAUUUCCUCAAAAUAUGACCGAUAUCUCUAUUAGAAUAAUCUUCCAUGAGAUAUUUUGUUUUGGGGAGGAUUUAGUCCGUUUUAGUUGAACUCUCUCUUAAUACUAAAAAUAGUUCAACCACUAUUCAAUGAUCAAUAAAAAACAUGAUAGGCUCCUUGAUUAGAACUGGCCUAGAAAGCUUUAACCAUGACAAACCACCAUUUAUAUGUUGGUGAUUUCGUGUUUUCGCUAGUUCAGUUUUACUUUAUUAUAUUAACAAUGGAAGUGUACCUGACGAUAUUGAAAUGAUUGAAAACAAUAAAUUCCUUCCAUUUAUGACUAAAAACGCUCUAGACAUGCUCAAAAGUAUGACAUUAAAAUAGGAUUGGUGAAUUUUAGAAAAGGACAAUAGAUCACAAGAUUUAGCUACUUGAAGUUGCUGUAUGAUAGGGUUUAAAGAAUCUAUAAUUGACUUAAUAUAGAUAAAUUUUAUUGGAAAUGAAGUA